CUUUGCUCCGUCCCAUUCAUUGAUCGAAAUGGCUCCUGUUCGUACUCAGCCUUCGCUCAACCCCACCGUUGAAGACGUAAACGAGGAUAUGGGACACGGCGCAGAUCCGGGGGAUCCUGGUGGAAAUGGCAAGCAGCUCUCAUGGCCAGAGAUUUUCGCUCGUCAUGAGUCAGUUCUCUCGUCACACCUCGAUAUGCUGUGCUCUGUAAAAGGCAACGUUACAUCGGACGCGGACAUGUUUCGAAUGGUCACGACGAUGGCUGAGAAAACAAAUAAACUCAUGACACAAUUCAAAGUCAUGAAGUCGCAACUUCAAAAACCAAAACAUAAUGCAUUCACCUUAGCCCAGGAUAAAACUACAUCAUUUUCUUCUGACACACCUUUGUCGACUUCAACAUCAUCACAUGAUGCGUCUUCCCGCUCAAGUCACUCGAAAGAAAGAAAAAAGCGGCCUGGGAAAGAUGAAUCGAACACUGUUAAUGAUGACGACUUCCCCGCCGAGAUGCUACGCUCGCAAAAGCGUAAAAGGGUUGAUGUGACCUUACCGGGUAAUGACGAGAAUGUGAGAAAUGUGACUCCCGUCUCAAUGGAGACGGAGGAUAUCUCUGAAGAAGUACAGCGACGAUUGAAAAUAAAGGAAGAAAAGCGAAAGAAACGAAAUGCGAAGCCAGAAAAGAGGAAACGAGAUAGCCUUGCCUCGAAUGGAAGCACCUCUUCUCCCGGGGCCACCUCCAAGCCUAGAAAGAAAGCGAAGAUUGCCAUCGUGGGUGCCCGUGAUGAGGAAGCAACCUCGGGGGCGACAGGCAAUGGUGGUAACAGGAUACGUCGCUUCGACGGCAUCUCGAACCCUGAUUCCAUUGCGACAGCUCUUCAAGGAUCGAAGAGACAGAAGCAAUAACC